AUGGCCAACGACAUGGCAGUGAGGGACUUCCUCCUGCUGGGAUUCACGGAGGUCCGGAAGCUGCAGCUAGUCUAUGCCGCGCUGUUCUUCCUGGUCUACCUGGAGGACCUGACCGGGAAUCACCUCAUCGAAGCCAUCAAUGCCUUUGACCGGCGCCUCCACAUCUCCACACUUCUUCAGCUGUCCAUCAUUACGGCGACGUCCUAUGACCGCUACACCGCCAUCUGCCUCCCCCUUGUGCUACGACGUCAUCAUGGAACCAGGGUCCUUUGGGAAGACCUGGCUCAACGGAGGGCUUUUCGGGGCGAUGUGCUCAGCCAGACGUUCACGUCAAGCUUCUGUGUGUACAACGUGAUCCAGCAGUUCUUCUGCGAUGUCCCCUCCUUACUGAAAAUCUCCUGUUCAGAAGCGCACGUUGUCUCAUGCAGGGUGGCUGUGGGUAUCGGCUUUGGUUUCGUCUCCUUCAUCUCCAUCGUCCUCUCCUAUGUCCUCAUAUUCUCCGCCGUGCUGAGGUUUCCGUCCACCGAGAGUCAGGCCAAAGCCUUUUCCACCCGCCUGCCCCAAUUCACCAUUGUCACCGUAUUUCUCUCUACCGGAGCCUUUGCUUAUCUCAAGCCCAUAUCCAUUUCCGUCCUGGGCUACGCCACUCAUGUCUUCUCGGUGGUUCUGUUUGGCGGUUGA